GAGCAGAUGUGAAAAGAUCUAAUGUGAUUGGUCAAAAUACCAAUUCGUGGAAAAAAGCGGGGAGGACAUGGCAAAAACAACAAAAGCAACAUGAUUCAAAUUAUUUCAAUGGUGUUAUGUCUCUGGAGACUGGGAGUAAAAUGGACUGACUAUACAUGGCUCUGCUAAAAACCAAUUAGCAUAUUAUGUACAAUAAAAGUGAUAUGCAUGUGCUAAUUUAAAAAGUAUGUAAAUGACAGUAAAGCAGACCAGCAAGCCUUUUCUUCUGAGAAAUUGUAUUAUAGUAACCUGCCGAUGUGUUGCUAUUUUUGUAUGUCUUGCUUGCAGCUUUGCAUAGUGUGCUGCUGUGACAUACACAGCCUAGCUAAAAGCUAGCCACCUAGUUAGCUCAUUACUGCCACUGCCAGGCUCCAGCUACGUGGUCGACAUGGCGACCGACGAAAUACAACAAUAUUAGCUAUCAUAAAAACAGCUGAAGGUUGAUGGCAUUUAAUUGGAAAUUGUCAUACCACAUACUGAGUGUUCAUAAUGUCUGAACAUUUAGAUGAAAAUUGAUGUUCGGAAUAGUUUUAUUUUAUUACAGUGGAAUCUGUCAGAUCUUUUGCAUUUCAAAAAGAAAACAAACCACACGCGACAACACACUUUAGGAUCUACCUUUCUUUGAAAAAGAAAGCAUCUGUCGAAGCUACAGUGCUUCCCCCAGAGACCUCCGUGGGUGACGAUGCCUGUGCAAGCGCCGCAAUGGACGGAAUUCCUGCUGUGUCCCAUCUGCACACAGCUGUUCGAGGAGAGCCUCCGCAAGCCCAUCAGCCUGGGCUGCGGCCACACCGUCUGCAAGAUGUGCCUGAACAAGCUGCAUCGCAAGGCCUGCCCCUUCGACCAGACGGCUAUCGCUACCGACAUUGAGCUGCUGCCAGUCAACACAGCCCUGCUGCAGCUGGUGGGAGGACAGGUGCCCAAACGGCAGCCGACCACCUUGGUGACAGGGGCAGAGGACAUAGCCCACUAUGAGAAAGCCAGUGAGUGUGUGGAGGAGCUGGCUCAGUACCUGAAACCCCUGAGCAACAGCAGAGGUGUGGGGCUGAGCACCAGCAGCGCCCAGAGUUCUCUGAGUCGGCCCAUGCAGAGGAAGCUGGUGACCCUGGUGCACUGUCAGCUGGUGGAGGAGGAGGGCCGGGUGAGGGCCACGCGGGCGGCCAGGUCUCUGGGGGAGCGCACCGUCACUGAGCUCAUUCUGCAGCACCAGAACCCCCAGCAGCUCUCCUCCAACCUGUGGGCUGCAGUCAGGGCAAGGGGCUGCCAGUUUCUCGGCCCAGCGAUGCAGGAGGAGGCCCUGAAGCUGGUGCUUUUGGCUCUGGAGGACGGCUCCGCUCUAUCCAGGAAGGUCCUGGUGCUGUUUGUGGUCCAGAGGUUAGAGCCACGCUUCCCCCAGGCCUCCAAGACAAGCAUAGGCCAUGUGGUGCAGCUCCUCUACAGGGCCUCCUGCUUCAAGGUGACCAAGCGUGACGAGGACUCGUCCCUGAUGCAGUUGAAGGAGGACUUCUGGACGUACGAGGCGCUGCGGCGCGAACACGACUCCCAGAUCGUCCAGAUCGCAAUGGAGGGUGGCCUCCGCAUCGCCCCUGACCAGUGGUCUUCCCUGCUCUACGGGGACCAGUCGCACAAGUCCCACAUGCAGUCCAUCAUUGACAAGUUGCAGACGCCAGCGUCGUUUGCUCAGAGUGUUCAGGAGCUGACCAUCGCCCUGCAGAGGACAGGUGACCCGGCCAACCUGAACCGCCUGCGACCACACCUGGAGCUGCUAGCCAACAUCGACCCAAGUCCAGACUCCCCUCCCCCCACGUGGGAGCUGCUGGACACGGGCUUGGUGGCAGUGAAGACUGUGGUACACGGCCUGGUGGACUUCAUCCAGAACCACAGCAAGAAGGGGAGCGACCCACAACAGCCACCCCAGCACAGUAAAUACAAGACGUACAUGUGUCGGGACAUGAAGCAGAAGGGGGGCUGUCCUCGAGGAACCAGCUGCACCUUCGCCCACUCUCAGGACGAGCUAGAAAAGUACCGUAAGAUGAACAAGCGGCUGGCUGCCCGCCGGCCCCUCAGCUUAUCCCUGACGCAGCUGAACGAGGUUGGCCUAUUGCCCGAGGAGGUGGGGAUGCUGGAGGGGCUGGCACACAAGGGCUUGACGAAUGGCAUGGUGGCGUCGGUCACAGGCUCCGCCCUGCCCCAGCUCAUCUCCCGCGGUGCAGAUCCCUCCUACGAGCCCAUGAUGCGGAAGCCCCAGUCCCAGGGAAGCCUAAGUGCCCCCAGCUCUCCUCCAGACUUACUGGACCCGGUGCCCAAUCGGGCCAUGGCCCAUCCCAGGAUGGCAGUGGACCACCUGGCCAUGCACAAGCAGAUGCCCAGGAGGCCCUCCAUGUACCCCCCUCAGCAGGGAGAACUCUUCUACCCCCCUGAGCCCAGGGCACCUCCAUCAGUCCUGCAGUAUGAGGCCUCCCAGAACCCCCCAGGUAACCCCCCCUACCCCUACCAGCCCUCUCAGUACCCACCCCAGACUCGCUACGUCCGAAACCCCCCUCCCACCAACGACCCGGCCUUGCCCUCCUACCCCGGCACCUACCCCCAGGAGCGCCAGUGUCCCCCUCCCCCUCAGCUCUCGAGUUCCCACUUCUCCAAUGCCAACCCCCAAGGGUUUGCGCCUCCUCCGCAUUAUGACGGCCGUCGACACCCCGCCUACCCCCCUCCACCACCACAGUCCUAUCCCCACCGGGAGGACCCCUCCAUGCCUGCGGACGAGGCCUCCAGAGAAAGAUACCUUCCUGAGGGUUACCACCCCUCUGGCCCCCACCCCAGCCACAUGAGGCCCUACACCCCCAGGGAGUCUUACAGCCGGCCCCAGCCCACUCCCAGUCUGGACUACUUGCACCGCCGACGCCAGGAGAUCAUGGCCCAGCUGGAAGACGGGAAGCAGGUCACUCCCCCACCCUUUGCCCCCUCACCUACUCUGCCACACCACUACGAGUCCAACUACACACAGGAGCAACAGCAGUACUUGGAAAACUCACAAGCGUUUUCAAAGUACCGCGAGCCAGACUACGCGAGCCAGUACUCUCCUUGGUCAUGUGACACUAUCGGCUCCUACAUUGGCAGCAAGGAGGGGAAGUCCAGAGACAGUAUGGAGAGGAUGAACGCUGAGGGGAAAGGUGUGGAAGGCAGGCGCAGGGCUGCCGAGGCCAGAGAUGACGACCCUAUCAUCCCCUUCGGCUCUCUGCCCACCGUGUCACGCUUCGGGGUGAUCUCCCGCACCCCCAAGACGGGCUACUUGACUGCCGGGCCAGGGCAGGCCAUGACCCUCUCACAGGGGACCAAUGGCCCCAAACACGGCGCUGCAACAGGGUGGGGUGCUGCCGGGUACAGCCAGCCCCCUCAGGCCCACCUCAGUGAACGGCCAGUCAAGGAGAGGGAGCAGCUGACGAUGGAGCUCCAGCAGGUCAAUCAGCAGAUCAACAAGCAGACUGCCCAGGCGGACCAUCCCAGCCCGGAGGAGUGGUCGUCAGGGAGCAUCUCCAGCCAACAGCUGAGCCUGGAGCUCCACCAUGUGGAGAGGGAGAUCGGCAAGAGGACCCGCCAGAUAGCCCUGGAGCACCUUGUGAGUCAUGAUGGGAGUGGGGCGUAUAAGCUGAAGCCCACUGAGAACGGGCAGAGAGCGGAGCACUCGUUGGUCCUCAGUGAGGGCUGUAACGGUCCCAGUGGUGUGCUGCAGGACAGCAGUGUGGCCAGCUGUGGUUUGUCCUGCCUUACCAGCAAGACCUCGUCCCUCAGCCUGUCUGCAGACCUCUCCAUCGCUGGGGGCACUGACCGAAAGACCAACGGCGUGGUCCACCUGUGCUCCUAGCCACACAACUGGAGUCUGGUAUUACCACCACAGCUACAACUAACUGAUCAGUCAACCACAUAGAGCCUUGGGAAACCCUUCGUCCUCUGAACGUUAGAACCGUUAGAACCGUUCCACUGUCAUUUUGAGACACACAACCAGGUCCUCCAAACUGUCUGGUAUACCCUACCUACAUCUACAUUUGCAAAAUCUGAUUGACGCCACUAAGAGAAUUUUAACUUGAUUACAAAACGUGUAGAGAGAGACGGCACCUCUCUCCUUGCUUAAAAUGGCAAGAGACCGUUCUAGGUUUCUUACAAAGAGGGAUUUGUGAUAGAAGGGCUAGGAGUAUCGAAGUAACUGAAAAAGCCACUGAUUUGCAAAUGUGGAUGUAGUGCCAUCAUAGACAACGGCACUUCAUUUGAUACAACACAAAUUUGCACACUUGCAACUUUAGUCUGUCUACAACUAAGCAGUAUCUGCCCUGAAUUUAAUAUUUUUUCAUUUUAGUUUUUUUUGUUCUGUGAAUGAAUGUUUUUUUCAUAUAAAAUCUCACCCUGCCUUGGAAACAAGAUGUUUAGAUUCCAUGAACUCAAACCCAAUAAUGAUUAGAAGAAGAAUAUAACGAUGAGACCAGUUCCUUGGUUUCAAAUAGAUAAGGCCACCAUAAUCGCAUUGACAUUAAUUACAUCUGUUAGCUUCAAAAUGUGCAAUUUUAUUUUGUAUUUUUUGGUAGCAUCGCUACAGCAAUAUUUGUGCUUAGCAUAUAUGCAUGUCCUGAAAUGCAGACUUUGUGUUUGGAAUUAAUUGUAAGUUCCUGUUUCUAAGCUGCAAUGUUAUUCGCCUACCUUUUUUUUUUUUGCUUUUCGUUAAGUUUGACUUUUGGACAUUUACAUCUUAUCAAAAUAUCUCCAUCGCAUAGAAACAAUCUCCAUCGCAUAGAAACAAUACUUGUUGGCAAACGGCUGUGAAUAAGUUUGCGCAUAUCCAAGAUAAUACAAAUUGAAGAUGACACUGGCCUCUUGAAGGCAGAGAACGCCUUUCAACUGGGCGCCUUUCAACUGGACAAUUUUGAGAUUUAGAUGAAACUAUCAGAUACAUAUUAACAAGAAGAAAAGGCUCCCUUGUGUCCACUUCAGUGGCUUGACCCUCUUUUGGCAUCUCCCCUCACUACUACCACCACCUUCAGGAUAUUUACUUCAGCCUCUAACAUCCAUGCUUUGGUAUGGGGCUGAUGAGGAAAAAUGAUAUAUACAUUUAGGCUUGGUAUUCAAGCUGUCGUCUUUUGGGUGUAAUUUAAAUGCAGCGAUGGACUAGGUGGGAGGGAAUCACAACAUGGGUCAAGCAUACGUCUGUCUGCCUGUAGAUGGGGUGGUCAGAGGUACUGGGUAUAUGGAGUAAAGGAAACAGGAACGAAGCCAGACAUGACCCAUGGCUGGAAUUUGAGACCUUGAUCUACAAAACAUAUUUGCACUUUCAUAGCUUUAAGGAUGGUUUGUACUGAGUAUAUGUAUUUAUUAAAUGUACAGUAUUUGCAUCCUGAGGAUGGAUAUAACAUUAAAAGGUCAAACUUAAAACCACAUUCUGUUUUAAGAACGUGUAGUUCAAGAUGGCCAUGGUUGCUCCCUAAGGUCCUAAUAGUGUUGGCCAUGUUGUACAGAGCAGGGUUCAAACAGCCACUCUGUUUUUAUACAUCAAUCUACUGUAAAAUUAUUUAUUUAUUUUUCUGUAGAGUUACGACAUGUUCACUUCCACAAUUGUGACACCCGGUAUGCUGUCAACAUACCCGUAACAUCGCAGAUUACAGGAAAGGUGAAAUUCCUUUUUCAGUUCCUCAUCUCCACUCCUCUGAGCACCUUUUUCACCAAUCGCAGCAGACAUUUGUCUAGUUUUAAUUUAUUUUAACUUCCAAGAAGUUGCUCUAGUAAAAGGGUUUGUGAUGCGUUCCUGGAGGAGGCUUUAAUCAUUUGUAGAUGGGGGUCGAUGCAUAGGAGGUGACAGGCCACUGAACUGGGCUAAGGCAGAACUACAGUUAGCAAAGCAGUUAGCAUCACUGGAGACAACCACAGCACCACCACACAGGGUGAGAGGAGACUAGGAAAGGCAUUUUGAUGACACCAAAUAAGUGCUUUUUCCCAAAUAUGUACAAAUUAAGUGCUGCAGUUGCAUUAUCUGCAUUACUUUUACAUAUUUUAUGUGCUUAAAUUAUCGCCACCCCUCACAGAUGCAAUUUGUUACUCCCAGAUGCAUGCGAACUAUGAAAUUAAGUACUGCAAGCUUACUUUCCUUCUUGGUAAGAUUAAUUCACAGAAUGUAUUCAAUGGUGUCAUAUUGUGAAAUGGUGGCUGGGAUAUUCCAUUUGAAUUCAAAAUAUAUCCAACAACUGGAUUAGUCAAACUUGUUUUAAAUCUAAUCUUUGUCUUUAUGGAAA